AGCCCGCCCCCGGCCGUAUAAAAGCAGUGCCCGGCCCGCGGCGGCGGCGGCGGCGGCGGCGGCGGCGAGAGCUGGAGGGGCGUCUGCAGCCUUCGGACUGCCGCGGAGCCUCCCACCCCGCGUCCAUAAGGCUUUGCCUUUCCGACUUCAGCUACAGUGUUGGCUAAGUUUGGAAAGAAGGAAAAAGGAGACCCCCCGGGCCGCUUUCCUCGCGUCCUUCUUUCCACGGUUGUCGUUGCGAUCUUUCUGCACAAGGUUGUGUUUCCAGCGGUGCAGCCUCCAGUUCUAGGCACUCCUGUUAACCCGCACCUCGGCGCGAGCCGCAGCAGCCGCAGCAGAGCCCGCGGGGUCACCUGGGGUCAUGUCCAGAGCCAGAGAACAGGAGCGCCAGGGAGGAUGCUGCCGAUCCUUAGCAAACUACCUGACCUCUGCAAAAUUCCUCCUCUACCUUGGUCAUUCUCUCUCCACUUGGGGAGAUCGGAUGUGGCACUUUGCUGUGUCUGUGUUUCUGGUAGAACUCUAUGGAAACAGCCUUCUCUUGACUGCAGUCUAUGGGCUGGUGGUAGCAGGAUCUGUUCUGGUCCUGGGAGCCAUCAUUGGCGACUGGGUGGAUAAGAAUGCCAGACUUAAAGUGGCCCAGACAUCGCUAGUGAUACAGAAUGUUUCUGUCAUCCUAUGUGGAAUCAUCCUGAUGAUGGUUUUCUUACAUAAAGAUGAGCUUCUGACCAUGUACCAUGGAUGGGUUCUUACUUCCUGCUACAUCCUGAUCAUCACUAUUGCAAAUAUUGCAAAUUUGGCCAGUACUGCUACUGCAAUCACAAUCCAGAGGGAUUGGAUUGUUGUCGUCGCAGGAGAAGACAGAAGCAAACUAGCAAACAUGAAUGCCACAGUACGGAGGAUUGACCAGCUCACCAAUAUCUUGGCUCCCAUGGCUGUUGGUCAGAUUAUGACGUAUGGCUCCCCGGUUAUCGGCUGUGGUUUCAUUUCGGGAUGGAAUUUGGUAUCCAUGUGUGUGGAGUACUUUCUGCUCUGGAAGGUUUACCAGAAAACCCCUGCUCUAGCUGUGAAAGCUGCUCUUAAAGUAGAGGAAACUGAAUUGAAACAGCUGAAUUUACACAAAGAUACUGAGCCAAAACCCCUUGAGGGGACUCAUCUAAUGGGUGAGAAAGACCCUAACAUCCAUGAGCUUGAACAUGAGCAAGAGCCCACCUGUGCUUCUCAGAUGGCUGAGCCCUUCCGCACCUUCCGAGAUGGAUGGGUCUCCUACUACAACCAGCCCAUCUUUCUGGCUGGCAUGGGUCUUGCUUUUCUUUAUAUGACCGUCCUGGGCUUCGACUGCAUCACCACAGGGUAUGCCUAUACUCAGGGACUGAGUGGUUCCGUCCUCAGUAUUUUGAUGGGAGCAUCAGCUAUAACUGGAAUAAUGGGAACUGUGGCUUUCACUUGGCUCCGUCGAAAAUGUGGUCUGGUUCGGACUGGUCUUAUCUCAGGAUGGGCACAGAUUUCCUGUUUGAUCUUGUGUGUCAUCUCCGUGUUCAUGCCUGGAAGCCCCUUGGACUUGUCUGUUUCUCCUUUUGAAGAUAUCCGUUCAAGAUUCAUUCAAGAAGAGUUAAUUACACCUACCAAAAUACCUGAAACCAUCAUCACAACGGAAAUGCACAUAUCAAAUGGGUCUGACCUUCAUAUUGCCCCAGAGGCAAGUCCUCAAUCGGUGCCUAUAAUCUCUGUCAGUCUGCUGUUUGCAGGUGUCAUUGCUGCUAGAAUCGGUCUCUGGUCCUUUGAUUUAACUGUGACACAGUUGCUCCAAGAAAAUGUCAUUGAAUCUGAAAGAGGCAUUAUAAAUGGUGUACAGAACUCCAUGAACUAUCUUCUUGAUCUUCUGCAUUUCAUCAUGGUCAUCCUGGCUCCGAAUCCUGAAGCUUUUGGCUUGCUUGUGUUGAUUUCAGUCUCCUUUGUGGUCAUGGGCCACAUUAUGUAUUUCCGAUUUGCCCAAAAGACUCUGGGGAACCAGCUUUUUGUUUGUGGUCCUGAUGCAAAAGAAGUUACAAACGAAAAUCAAAGUAAUACAUCUGUUGUUUAAGACAGUUUAACUGUAGUGUCUCUGUUACUAGGUUAUAUAGAGCACAUGUGCUUGUUUUGUACUGCAGAAUUUCAAUAAAUGGCUGGGUGUUUCUCUCCGUACUGCAGCAAUGCCUUCAGGACUAGAAGCUACUUAGAAAACCCAAGUCAGCAGAAAUGAGCUGGUUAAUUUCCCUUAGGUUUAGGCAUGGGAAAAAAAAAUAGAAAAAGAAAAACUCAGUUUAAAUGUGAGACAAUAAUGAUAACACUGAAUUCCCCUUUUUUUCAUGAGUUGAUACAAUUUUACAUGAGUGGUUGGUCAUGUGAAUUAAGUUAUUCUUUGGCAGAUACUUCUUAUCUGUACUAGAAUUCAGAGAUGUCAGUUUUCCCUAAAACUCUUGUGCAAGUCUGGCUAAUUUACUUUUUUUGGUACUUAUUCUCAGUUAUAUUAGAAAAACAAAUGAAUUCUUCAAGUAUGAAGAUUAAAUUUUGAUAACCAGUAUUAUCCUUACUGAUCCUGUUGAUCUUAAGGGAUUUACAUAUAUGUGGAAAAACAAAAUACUUAAUUAGAGUUCUCAAAUAAGGUUUGUGGUUUAAUUUUGAAGAGCGCCUUUGUAUUUGUAUUACCAGGUAGGGCAACAUAAUGUAUUAAGCACAUGUAGCACUUCCUAAAAUAGCUAGCAUGUAAGCCGCAGGUAGAAGUCAAGCUGUAAAUGUAUAACACAAUGAAUGCACAAGGACUUCCAAUACAUCAGGAGUUUGGCCAUAGAAACUAGAAGCCAAAACCACACAGAAGGGCAAGGUCUUAAUCUCACUCAUGCCAUUGUCGUUAAUGCCCCGUUGUAGAAUAUGAGGGAGUAAGCCUUCAGCCUGGCAAGUUACAUGUAGAAAGAAGGCCUGUACCCGUAAAGGUUUUGUUUUGGAAAUUAUUUGAUUUCCUUUUAACACACUCAGGUAGAACAUUUGUACUUUUACUGUUUUAUACCCAGAAGUUAUCUGCAUUGUUCUAGAGCAAGAAUGUUGACAAAAGUAUCCCUUUCAAAUGCCUUUAGGAAGAAUAGCAGAAAAAAGUUUGUAUAUAUUUUUUAAAACUGUUUUACAAGUCAGUUUGCAGCAUGUCAGUACCAACAUGGUGCUUUGCCUUAACCGUUGAUGCACUUUCAUGGAGACUGCAAUACGUUGCUAUGAGCACUUUCUUUAUUCUUGUUGUUUAAUCUCUUUCUUCCUUUUUCUACAGUAUGACCUAAUGAUUUGCUAUGUUGUAAAAUCUUUGUAAAACAUUUCUAUAUAAAAACAUUUUAAAAAU